UAAGAAAAGGAAGACAAUGUGAGAACACGUUAUCACUCCUGACGGGGGAAAACAGUCAAAUUUAAUUAAAUUUGGUCUUAUAGAUAAAUAUUUUGGAUAUGUUUUUUUAGUUUUGGGAGAAGAUGUGCCACAUGUUGCGGGGAUGUCACAGCAGGUCGUGCGUAAAAGAGCGCAUAAAACCAUGUUGAAAACUCUUGGAGGUUAUAAACCAGAAAAAAAAUCAAACAAUAUUAGUUCCAUCCUUUUCAGAAUUAAGAAAAUAUUUUUUUAGUUGUAUUUUGUGUGGAAUGAUUAAAAUUCAAAUAUUUAAACAGCGUAGAUUGUAGAAAACGCAACUUUUUCUCUUCUUGCGGAGGCUUCCCAGCGCGCACUCACAUUCAAACGAACGCGCACUCCCUCGCACGCCAGUGACGUAAGGCUGGAGUUUGGAGUAGAAAGCCAAGUGGAUGAAGAAAGCGGAGAUCUCCACCCUCCAACCUCCCCCCAACACUUCUUAUAAAUAUUACCGAGGCUCAUUCAGGGCGACGCGCAGCACAAAGUCACAGCGCGUCUCGGUCUGAACGAGCUUUCAUCCGUCACUUCCCCAGACUGCGCGUCUUCUUUUUUUCCCUUUUGGUACCUUUCCCUGCUUUCCAAGCACAGUAUCGUUUUUCUUUUUUAUUUUUUGGCUUCACACCUUCAACUUUAUGGAUCGGCUCCUGCGCUGCGACCCGCCGGAGGGCUGUGGCCGCUGUUAACAGGUCGCUGUCUGGCCGCUUUCCGCCAUGCGUUAAAGACACGAAACCUUCUGAGGUUUGGCGCUGGGAGUCACUCCAUGUAACAAAGUUGGGCAGCAGGAUUUUACUCCCCUCCCCGGCGACCUCUCAGCUGAAAGUGCCGCGGCUUCCUUCACCUGUUCCCGCUGUCGGAAAGAGAAAGUGGACAAUUCUCCUUUUUGGGUUCGUUUAGCGGAUUGAGGAUCCAUGAUGAGUAAACCCGCUGGCUCCACAAGUGGCUGUUUGGAUAUUCUGAAUGUCAAAUCAAGUCGUAUUCUAGACAUCCCAUGCAAAGUGUGUGGAGACCGCAGCUCAGGGAAACACUACGGUGUUUACGCAUGCGACGGCUGCUCGGGAUUCUUCAAGAGGAGCAUCCGCAGAAACCGGACUUACUUGUGUAAAUCCGGCUCACAGGGUGGCUGUCCCGUGGACAAAACGCACAGGAACCAGUGCCGAGCGUGUCGUUUGAAAAAGUGUCUGGAAGUGAACAUGAAUAAAGACGCCGUUCAGCACGAAAGGGGGCCCCGGACGUCCACCAUCCGCAAACAGGUCGCGCUGUAUUUCAGGGGCCACAAGGAGGUGAACGGCUCCUCCACGCACUUCCCCGGCUCCUCACUCCCCGGACCCCCUUUCUUCACCACAGUCACGCAGCUGGAGCCUCACAAUCUGGAGAUGAGCUCAGUGGCCACCACGCCAGAGAGGCAGGCCAUCGUAGGUCUGGCGCAGCCAACCCCCAAGUACCCCCACGAGGUCAGCGGGACCCCCAUGUAUCUCUACGAGGUGGCAACAGAGUCCGUGUGCGAGUCUGCGGCGCGCCUGCUAUUCAUGAGCAUCAAGUGGGCCAAGAGUGUUCCCGCCUUCUCCACCCUCCCAUUAUCGGAUCAGCUGAUUCUACUGGAGGACGCGUGGAGGGAGCUGUUCGUUCUGGGCAUUGCGCAGUGGGCCAUUCCCGUGGAUUCCACCACUCUCCUCGCCGUCUCCGGGCUGAACAGCGAGAACACGGAGGCUCAGCGGAUGAACAAGAUCAUGGCUGAGAUCCAGGCGCUCCAGGAGGUGGUCACCAGGUUCAGACAGAUGCGUCUUGACGCAACGGAGUUCGCCUGUUUGAAAUGCAUCGUGACGUUCAAAGCAGUUCCAACGCAAGGCAGCGCUGAGUUACGAGCUUUCCGCAACGCGAGCGCAAUCGCUGCGCUCCAAGACGAGGCGCAGCUGACUCUCAACAGCUACAUCCACACCAGGUACCCCACCCAGCCCUGUCGCUUCGGAAAGCUGCUGCUGCUCCUGCCCGCGCUGCGCUCCGUCAGCCCCUCCACCAUAGAGGAGGUGUUCUUCAAAAAGACCAUCGGGAACGUCCCCAUCACCAGGCUCCUCUCCGACAUGUACAAGUCCAGCGAUAUAUGAAGCGUCCGCGCGCAAAGCUCAGCUGGCGCAGACCCCCCCUCCCUUUGCGCUAGUUGAGGAUUAGCAUGUAGCUCCCCUGAGUCUGAAAGUUGUUGCAGACUGAGCUUCGCCUUAAGACUGAACGCGCCCAUUUUUUUGUUCUCUGAGACAGAAAUCCUAAAUAUCAUGAUGUUAUUUGAGUCUAUGAGACCAAUGAGCUUGACGACCAAUUCUUUAAAUUCUUCAACACCCCCCCCACCCCCACCCCCAAUCAAUGGAGGAAACCAAAAAGAUGAGGCGCGGACAGGGAGGGAGUCGCUGUUCCUCCAUCCAGUGCUGAAACCAAACGCGCAACCCCAGGAUGGUGUUCGUCUUUCAGUGGUCAUACUGUCCUGUUCGUGUCGGUGUUUGAGGCGCAGCAUUAAAAAUGAAGUUCAGACACCAGAUCCAUCCAUGUUCAGCACUUGGAGAUGUUCUUCUUCUGUGACCUGUCUGUGAUGUUUUUAUUUUGUUGUAAAUAUCUGGAGUUAUAACUAUUUAGAGUUGUAACAAUCAUAAUAAAAGAUUGUGAAUUCAGUUGUCGCAACAUCUGGAUGACAUGAAACAUUUAA